GUUUGGGAAAUUAUUUAUAUCCCUUUACAUUCAAAAACCAUCUUCAUAUGCAUAUGCUAGCUUUGGAUCAUAACGUUCUUCAUUCACCUAAAGGAUUCAAGAACAUGAUAAUGAUGAAAAGUUCGAGGCCGGAUCGAAAACGAUUUGUAUUCUCCUCUUUGAUCUUCAUCUUCUUCCUUUGUGUGUUGGCUUCUAUCAAUGAAGUUCGUUUUGAUGGUUUAUUAAAGUUCGGUAGAUGUGCUUUUAAGAGAUUUCCUUCUCAAAUGUUGUCUAAUUUAUCGUCUACAAAUUUUCUCGCUACAAAUUCUUCUUCAAACGAUAUUCGAAUACUCAUUGGCAUUCUGACACUUCCAGAUCAAUAUCAACGCAGACAUUUUCUUCGUCUAAUAUACGGAACUCAAUCUCCAGUGGGUGCACAAGUUGAUGUAAAGUUCGUAUUCUGCAACCUAACAAAGGAAGAUCAGAAAGUACUUGUUGCACUAGAGAUAAUGCUUUAUGACGAUAUUAUCAUCCUCAAUUGCAAAGAGAAUAUGAACAAGGGUAAGACCUAUACCUACUUUUCAAGCUUGCCAGAAAUAUUUAACGACACAAAUAAGACUUACCCUCCUUACCAUUAUGUAAUGAAAGCUGACGAUGAUACAUAUUUUAGGUUAAAUAACCUAGUAGAGUCACUAAAGCCGUUGCCUAGAGAAGAUUUAUACUAUGGUUAUGUAAUUCCAUGCCCUAGCAUGGACCCUUUUGUGCAUUACAUGUCUGGGAUGGGAUACAUGGUUUCAUGGGAUAUUGUGGAGUGGAUUAGGGAUUCUGAAGUCCCAAAGAAUCACAUGGAAGGGCCAGAGGACAAAGUUUUUGGGGAUUGGAUUAGAGAAGGGCACAAAGCAAAGAAUAGAUAUAAUGCUAAGUGGUCUAUGUACAAUUUCCCUGAGCCACCCACAGGGUGUACACAUGAGCUUUGGCCAGACACAAUUGCAGUUCAUCUUCUAAAGACUCAAGAGAAGUGGAUUCAAACAUUGAAGUAUUUCAAUGUUACUAAUAAUCUUAAACCUUCUAAAUUGUAUCAUAUACCUUAGGUGAUUAGUUUCUUUAUUUUUAUUCACUUUCUUCUUCUUUUUUUUAUUACAGAUUAAAAUAUUAUAAAUUAUCAAUUUUUGGAUAUUUAGAUUUCUUUUUUUAUUUCCUUUAAUAUUCCUGUAAUGUAUAUUGAUCUGGCUUCAUCAUGA